AUGGGUUGGAUGACACGGUUCUUAGCUGCUGUAGCGUUCUUGGCAAUUGGAGUACUCUUUUCUCCAGAAACUUUCGGGUCAAAAUCAGAGGGUCAACAUCCUCCAAAGCUCGUAACUUUGCUGAAAUUGGCUCAUCUUCUCUGCUUUUCCACUGCCUUUGGCGCUGCUCUUUGGGUCACUUUCAUUGGUGGUAUCAUCAUGUUCAAAACAUCUCACAUGAUGAAAGAAAGGCAUAAGAUAGAGAGAGAGGCCAACAUCGGGGAGGAAGUCGGAUGGACCAAGAACCAGGAAGUUGCAAAGGCUAAUCCGAAGCUUGCAGCAAUGAACAAGAAAUUUGGGAUGAUUCAUGGACUAUCUUCCCUUGCUAACAUUUUCUCCUUCGGUUGCCUUGCCAUGCAUUCCUGGUAUUUGGCCGGAAAACUGAAUCUGUAG